AAUUAAGUUGCUUAGCAACCUGGAAAUAAUGAAUUCGCUGCCAAAGUCCACACGACAAUUUCUUUCACACACAUUUCACUUUAUCAUGAGUAAAAUGUAUCAGUGUGCUGAAAUCUGCUUGCCAAGAAAGAAGAAAGUCUGCGAGUCUUUCCACUCAAAUACAUACAGGAUAUUUGAUGAGAAGAUACCUGACAGAUUGGACCCUGAUAAAGUCUAUAAAGUCCAUUCAUAUGCUCAGAGACAUCCCAAGGAAUAUGAUAAGCUUAAAACACACAAUACCCCACAAAUGUACAAUGCCAAGUUCAUAAGAACCAAUGUCAGGUUCAUGAAUGCACCCAUUUCUCACAUGGAGACAGAGAGUACAAUGGCUGAGCAGUGUCACUGGUGGCCCAAUACAUCGUAUCCCGAUGUGACCACCCAGGCACCUUACAGAAAGGACAGCACUCAGAGACAAGACUACCAGGCCAUUCAACAAACACACGCCCUGGUCAGACAUGGGAGGAACAACAACAGAGUGCCUGCUUCAGGAAUUGUUCCCAUGCUGAGCUCUAUUGGUAGCCCAAAAGUGUUGCUGGAGCACAUGUCUUUUAUUCACCAAUAUGAUUCAAGGAAAUUACAGGACCAACCAUACCAAGGAAGGCGACACGGAGCUUUAGUGUGGAGCGAGGCUGGGCCAUGGUCUCCUUCUCCUGGCGGGGAGAGCACAUACCUCAAUGCCGAGGGGUCAUGUUCGCCAGCGGUGCGGGGAGGAAGAGGGGGGAAAGAGGUAACCUCUCCCCAGCAGCAAGUUUUCAAUGAUGGCAGGAUCCACUCCGGAAAGAUGGGCCCCAGAGCUAAAAGCACCAAGGUCAUCGCCCGCCACUCACCAACCCAUCCCUCCAGCCAGCUGUUUCACAGCUUCUACACUCCCAUGACACGUAGGGGAGGGGUUGAGGGAGGGUUUGAGGGGAUCUCCUCAGUCUCUGACAGGGCUGCGGAGGGUCGGCGAGCUAUGCAUGCCGACGGCGAGGGGACUGUUUUGCAAAGGCAGGGAUCCAACAGUCAACAGUUCAAGCCCCAGCCCAAAUUGCAGGCUCAGAGCCUAACAACUGAUGGCACUGAUGGCAUUUUAACCCUUUAGGGGCUGCCUUAUGUAAAGAUCUGAGUAGAAAUCGGUUGCAAUUGUGUUACAUUUUUGGUCAGAAGUCAUCUUAAGAUAAAGAUUAAAAUAAGAAGUUCAACCUGCAAGAGUAACUGCUGUUAAAUGGUAUUUUCAAUUAAAGAAAAAUACAGUAUAUGGUAUGUACAACUGUCAUACCUAAUUCUAACCCCAAAUCAGGGAGGGCGCUAACCUUUUGGGGGCCCUAAGCAAGAUUUGGUUGGGCCCCCCCACCCCACCUUGCAGCAAAACAUUUUAGUUGCUCCCCUCUUGAUGCGGAGAGAACUUUUUUUUAAAGCAAAUUUCCUGUAAUUCUAUACAUUUUGCAAUGGGGCGUAGAUGAAAUGUUGCAGUUUAAAGCAAGUUUUCUGCAAUUUUACCAUGGGGUGGAGAGACAUUCUAGCUGUUUUAAAGCUAAUUUCCUGCAAUUCUGCACAUUUUGCCAUGACUUUUUAGUGAGAAUGACUAACACAAUCAAUGGGCCCCACUGGAGAUCAGGGCCCUGGGCAUGUGCCCUGCAUGCCUGGUCAGUAUUCAGCUAUGAUUACUAUAAGUUUAGACAGCUGGCUAGACUAACUACAAAUCUCAAAAUGGUUUGCUGAUAUGGCAAAUUGAGUGAUUGUCAGUGACUGACAUAACAAGAGAAAAGCUUCCAAAAGAUGCACAAACAAAUUUCAAAAUGGCACGUAGUGUAUUCUACUAUUCUUACGCUCAAUAGUAAAUUGAGACCCCGACUGAGUUCCUAAAAAAAUUGGAACUAAAAAAUGUUGGGUUGAGGGCCCCCUAGUGGCUGGUGGCCCUAAGCGACCGCUGAUGUCGCUUAUGCCUGAAGCCGGCACUAUCCAAAAUAUAAGGUUGUUUUACUUAAGAAUGUUUGGCUGAAAAACAAAUUAAAAUUGUGGCUAUUGUGGCUAUAGAUUGUGACUGAUGUACUGGAGUGUUAACAUGAACAGACUAUAUUUAUAACGUUUAGCAAAUUGUAUAUACUUUGCCACCACACAAGUUUUGAAAAAAAAAGAGCAUGUUGAAUCCAUAGAAUACAGCUUUUGUGAGCUAUCUAAUCGCUUUUCAUAGUCCUCAUGAUGAAGCCCAAACCAGUUUUCUGCAUUUAGAUAGAAUGAUGGAUCUGCGUCAGGUGAUGGAUCUAUAUCAGGUUUCAGAACAACUGUGUAGAAUAAUAGAAUAGAGGAAUAAGUAUUUUAUUGUAUAUUUGGUUAGAAGGGUAAUAUAUACCUUUUUCCCAUUAUCCCCAGACACACACAAUUUUGUUCUCCAAGUGCCUUGCUCAAGUGCCUUGCUCAAGGGCACAACGUUAGUGGUUUGUACCUGGGAUUAGAGAUCAGCAGCCCCCCAGCUGCCAGUUCAGUUCCCAUUUUCUAUUGAUGCUCAUCUUUACCCUAAAGUGCAGUGCCUUCAGAAAGUAUUCACAUCCCUUUACCUUUUCCACAUGUUGUUGUGUUACAGCCUGAAUAAAACAUUUGAUUCAAUUGA